AAUCACAUUUAAGUUUUUAUUAAUUCGCAAUUUUCUUUUUUUUUUGUAUCUCGCAAAAUGCAUUUGUGACUAAAUUUUAUGGAGAUAAUUGAAGAUUUUGUAACCCAAAUAACGAAAAUAAUAUAUGAACCUGUAUAUGAACCGUCAAUUAUGGAAAAAAUUUUUAAUGGAAUAUUGAAUUUGUUAACUGCCAAACGAUCAACAGUUUAUCAAACAGUAUCCCAUGCAGCAACCGGAAUCAAUCAUGACCAAGGCAUAUUUUUACGAAUACCAACAUACAUAAUAAGUAACUUCACGCAAGUCAUUCGUGGCAUAACAUUUUCUGACGUGCUAACAUUUACUUUUUUCACAUUUGGAGCGUAUGUAGCACUGCAAUAUUUUCGAAAGGAUGGUCCGACUGAUUUUCGAUACGAGGUAAUACCAAGUGCAAACAUACAUGAACAUAUAAAAAAUGUAUCAACAAUGAUUGAUAAAAUGCAUGAAACACAUGCACAAAUAAGUGAACGUAUGUGUGAAUUACAAGUUCCAUUAACAAUGGUCAAAUGUCGUACAAAAGUAAUGGAUGAGAAAUUAAAUAAAAAAUUUUCCAAUGAAAAACAAGCAGGUGGCGAUUCAAAUAUACCAGACGAUUUUGAGAACGAAACCAUACAAUAAAAUGAAUGCUAAUAAAUUAAUUGUGUGUUUAUAAGU